AUGCCUUCAAAUACAAAAGGUGUGAAUAUAAAAGUUUCUGAAUGUCUUAAAAAAAUCAAAAAUUAAUAUAUUUAACUGAUAUGUCACCACAGAAGGAAUAUUCAGGCAUUCUGCAGUUGCCAGCAGAAUUACUAAUAGAAAUAUUCAGCUACAUUACAGACCACCGAUACAUUCCUUUUGUAUGUCACAGAUUUUAUCAAAUUAUUUGUUUGAUGGAAAGACAUUUAUGCAUAUUAAGCAUAAAGGAUGAAAGGACAUUGCUAAGGAACGAGAUGUUCUCAUCAAUUAUAUCAUCACAUAGGAUCUUAACUGGAAUUAAGUUAAGAAUUGGAUUGAACUUUAGUGACCUUUUUUGGAGUCGAUUUGAGGCAAUAGUAUUGAAGCUUAGACAUCAGAUUAAUAGUUUGGAUAUAACUUUUAUUGAUGUGCCACAAUCCAUUCCAGAUGACUUUAAAUUGGUCAAUAUUUUGCAUUUACUUCCAUUCGAAUGUCCACAAACGUUGAGGAUAUCCAAUAUUGACGUGGAAUAUUUAAGGCGAUUCAUUAGUUCUCGUGAUAUUAAGGAUUUAACAAUCGUUGGAGCUGUUAAAGAUCAGUCGAUAUUUAUGAACUUAAAUUUAAGGCAUUUAACAUUAAUUGGACCUAAAUGUAGCAUCAAUGAGGCUAUUAAUACACAGAAAAACUUAAUUAAUCUUAAACUUGUGGCUGAUGAAUCAACUAUGAUUGACAAUCAAACAUUAAGUAUUAUUCAGAAAUUAGAGAAGCUUGAGGACAUUGAUAUUCCAUUAAUUAAGCUAGACAGCUACAAAUGUAUCGAGACAUUUCAUUCUAUGAGAAACUUGAAGACACUAAACUUCCAAAGUAAUGCAGAGUUUGCUUUUGAGUUCUGCAAUUCUGUCAUGUUCACAGCACUAACGGAAUUGGAUAUUAGUGUUCCUAAUGAACUUUUAUUGGAUGACAUACUCGAAAAUAUCACAUUUAACUUCCCUAAUUUAAAGUCACUGGGAAUUCGAACGCCAAUGGCUCUGAAAAUCUUCAAAAAUCUAUGCACAAAUUCUUUAAUUAAUUUCGAGUCAGUUCUUAUUGAGAACAUCUUUUAUGGAUUUGUUGGAAUUACGAUUUUGGACCUUCAUGAAUACAAUUUAAUACAAAAGAAUGUCAAAAAGUUGAUUCUAUUGAAUCACGACAGAAAAGUUAUAAUUUGCAGGAACGAUUUACUGAGGCUUUUAAAGUUAUUUCCAAAUAUCGAAUGUCUUGUACUGUCUGGAUAUUUUGACACACAAAACUACCUUGAAAGUCUUUUAAAAUCUAUGAAAAAAUUGAAGGAAAUUGUCAUAGUCUCGUCAGUGUCUCACUCAACGACUCACAUAAUGGGAAUUAUAAAGGAAUAUGGAAAUCAGCUACGAUUAAUCGUUUUGCAAAAUUUCAAAUCAGCUUGUGACGUGGAAAAUCUUAAAAUGUUUUUUGAGGAUCAAUUUCCAGUGAUUGAGAAGAGAAAUUCUAAUCUUGUGCUCAAAAAGAAUGGACAUUUGAUGCUUAAGGAAUUUAGUUGA